CAGGUGCCACCAUGGCGGCCCCGGGGGUGGUGGACGGGGGAGGCUCCGGAGACUCCGCGGGGCCCGCGACGGUGACCCCCGGUGUCCCCGCAGUGUCGUGGCGGGUGAAAUACGCCAGCCUGGGCGUGCUGGUGCUGCAGAACGCGUCGCUGGUGCUCAGCAUCCGCUACGUGCGCACGCUGCCCGGGGAGCGCUUCCUGCCCACCACCGCCGUGGUGAUGGCCGAGGCCAUGAAGGGCAGCGCCUGCCUGCUGCUGCUGCUCAUCCAGCACCGGGGCAGUGUCCGGCAGACGGCGGUGACGCUGCACGAGGCCGUGGUGGGACAGUUUGGGGACACGCUGCGCCUGGCUGUCCCCUCCCUCAUCUACACCCUGCAGAACAACCUGCAGUACGUGGCCAUCUCCAACCUGCCCGCCGCCACCUUCCAGGUGACGUACCAGCUGAAGAUCCUGACCACGGCGCUGUUCUCGGUGCUGCUGCUGGGCACGGCGCUGUCGCGGCUGCAGUGGCUGUCGCUGGCGCUGCUCUUCGCGGGGGUGGCGCUGGUGCAGGCGGAGCAGGCGCGGGCCGUGCCCCCUCCGGCGGCGCUGGCGCCGUCCGCGGGCCCCGAGGGGCCGGCGCAGAGCUACGCCGUGGGGCUGGCGGCCGUGGCCGCCUCCUGCCUGUCCUCGGGCUUCGCCGGCGUCUACUUCGAGCGGCUGCUGAAGCGCUCGGGCGGCUCCAUCUGGCUGCGCAACGUGCAGCUGGGCGCCGUGGGCACGGCCGUGGGGCUGGGCGCCAUGCUGGCCGCCGAGGGCCCGGCCGUGGCCGCGCUCGGCUUCUUCUACGGCUACAACGGCGCCGUGUGGGCCGUGGUGGUCAACCAGGCGGCCGGGGGGCUGCUGGUGGCCGUGGUGGUCCGCUACGCCGACAACAUCCUCAAGGGCUUCGCCACGGCGCUGUCCAUCCUGGCCUCCACGGCCGCCUCGGCGCACCUCUUCGGCUUCCGGCCGCGCGCGCCCUUCCUGGCCGGCACCGCCAUGGUGCUGGCCGCCGUGGUGCUCUACGGGCGGCCCCGCGGCCAGGCCGGCCACCGCGGCCAGGACGGCGGUCUCCCAGCAAGGCCAAGGGCACCUGAUGGCUCCGAGCGACCCCCUGGGCCUUAUAGGAUCCAUAUGGACCCUCCCUCCCGGGCCCUAUAGCAUCCAUAUGGACCCUCCCCCUCAGUCCCUAUGGGGGCCAUAUGGACCCUCCCUCUCCUGGGGGCUAUAGGGACCCUCCCCCCCAAUCCCUAUAGGGGACUCAGGGAUACUCCUGGUCCCCAUAGGAGACCUAUGGCCGCUCUCCCUCGCCCUCGGGGGCUAUAGGGUCCCCUCCAGUCCCUAUAGGGGCCAUAGGGUCCCCCCCGCGCGUUUUUGAGGUGAAUUAAGAGGAUUUUUGGUCAAA